AUGAAGCGCGCCAUCGAAGACUCGGAAAACUCUUUGCGGACCCAGAAGUCACCCGCCAAGCGUGUCAGACGCGACUCGGGGCCUCGUCAGAGCUCGUCGGGCUCAAGCUUUCCUCAGACACCUGCUGCGCUGGGCCGUGUCGCGUCGUUGUCUUCAUCGGCAAGUAGCAGCAGUAGACCUAGCAAAGUCUCGUUUGCCACACCGCCAACACCAUUCACACCCUACCCAUCCCAACCUUCCGACUCUCCAUCUAAUCCCUUCAAGAGACGCCCCAACACAGCAUCACUGCCACCCAUCACGUCCUAUCGGGACCACAUCCCGCUGCGCGUCCAAUUUGUACGGAAAGAUGUCUUUCCCCGUCAGGGCGGCGUGUACCGCGUUAUUCAGGUGCCGCUGAACUACAGCUUCACGCACCUGCGUGCUGUCAUUGCGUGGGCGUUCGAGCUUCCUGUGCGGUACGCAAACGGGAAGGCGGGCCAGGAGGAGCAGUACCUGUUCGAGGUGAAGAAGGGUGUGAAGAUGUACAGCCAGUUAUACAAACCCGGUCAGAUCAAGACGGGAACUGCGUUCGCCAAGGUGUCGAAUGUGCGCGACCCGUGGCAUGCGAGGUAUGGGUGGGCAGUGGAGGAUGAGGAUGAGCUGGAAGAGGGGGAGGAGGAGGAAGUGACGCUGGAAGAGGAAAUAGAGGAGUUAGAGAAAGAGAAAGGAAGUGAAAAGGAGGACUGGACGUGGGAGGACGAAGAGAUGUUCACACUUGGUCAUGUCUGGGCCUUGGGAAUGAAUCCAGAUAUUGGCAUUGUCUACCACCAUUCACCAACAACUCAAGUCCAUGUAACACUAAACGGGCAGAAGUUACCCCGUCGACGGGGCAGAUCGAACUGUCCAUAUGUAUUUUCGGCUCGUGGACGCGUCCAUCUCUCACCUCCACCUUUGCCGCGCCCAAUUUUUUCCCAUCCACCGUCUUCGUCACCGUUCUCCGGUAGUAAAGGCAAACACAAAUUUGUCCCACCGCCCAAAAGACGCGUCGUGCAAGAGGACCUGACAGACACCGAAGCAGACGAGGACAGCGAGGAGGGUAAAGAGAACGCGCAGGAGUUCAACAAGAACCAUCCAUUCUUCUCAACUGCAUCUCCUCUGAAAGUUCGAUCCUCUAAAAAGGAGGUCAUCCUUGUUGAAGACUCGGACGAGGAGGAAGAGGAAGAAGACACGUCACAGGAGAACCACAACCUGGAGAUCAACCCCGACAAAUGGAACAAGGAGACGUACGCGUUUGGUCGGUACCUCCUGGGCUUCAUGGAUCCUUCUGGGAGGUCCUACGACGACCUAGACGAAUCUUUCUUCGUGGAGGAGACACCGUACGACCCGUUCUCUGACUCCGAUGACGACGAACCUAUCCAGGAGGACUUCAAACCCAAACGUCGACCACCAUCUACGCCUGGACUGACGACCACUACCGACAGAUCCUCCUCCCCUCUCCCACCUUCCUCUCCACCUGCCAUUCCUCUAACGUCUUCACCUUACCGAUUGGCCCUCGCCAACUGUUCAUGGUCCUCUCUACCCGACCUUGAGGAGCACGAUAUCAUUUUGGAGGAGCACUACCCGAACAAGAAGUACUCACAGACGCCCGCGCCGCCCAAGGCACGGAAGCACAGGUUACGGAUCGAGAGGAUGGAACGGAAGCUGGAGAGGAAUAAGCAGCUGGAGUAUUUGUUACAGAAUGACGAGAAGGAGGAGCCGGAAGAGAAAGACCAGCUGGCGGAGGAGACGAAGGAAGAAGCGGUGGAGGAAGAAUGGACGGCGCCUGUGUUGAAGGAGGGUGAGAUUUGGGAUCCGUUUGGAGACGAGGAGGAAAUAUGA